AUGGUGACGAUCCUGAGCACGGUGGAGGCCCAAGCUCCCAGCACCGCGGGGCCAUCAGGCUGUGGCCCUGUCCCCGUCCCCGUCCCCGUGGUGGCCGUGCCAGGCCCAGGGGUGGCGGCAGCGUUGCCCAACGGGGCCCCUCCGGGUCCCCCACCCGUGACAGAUGACAGCAAAACCAACCUGAUUGUCAACUACCUGCCCCAGUCCAUGAGCCAGGAGGAGCUGAGGAGCCUCUUCGGGAGCCUCGGGGACAUCGAGUCCUGCAAGCUCGUCCGGGACAAGGUCACCGGGCAGAGCCUGGGCUACGGCUUCGUCAACUACGUGGAGGCCGGGGACGCAGACAGGGCCAUCGGGGCCCUCAACGGCCUCAAGCUGCAGACCAAGACCAUCAAGGUGUCCUACGCCCGGCCCAGCUCCGCCUCCAUCCGCGAUGCCAACCUGUACGUGAGCGGGCUGCCCAAGGCCAUGGGGCAGAAGGAGAUGGAGCAGCUCUUCUCCCAGUACGGCCGCAUCAUCACAUCCCGCAUCCUCGUGGACCAGGUCACAGGUGUGUCGCGGGGGGUGGGGUUCAUCCGCUUCGACAAGCGCGUGGAGGCCGAGGAGGCCGUGCGGGGGCUGCACGGGCAGAAGCCCCUCGGGGCAGCUGAGCCCAUCACGGUCAAGUUUGCCAACACCCCCGGGCAGAAAUCGGGGGGGACCCUGCUGAGCCUAUGCCCCGGUGCCCGGCGUUACGGGGCCCUGCACCCCCCCCCGCAGCGCUUCCGACUGGACAAUUUGCUGAACGUGGCUUACGGCGUCAAGAGGUUCUCACCGUUGGCCAUCGAGGCGGUGCCGGCGCUGGCCGGGGUGGGCUUGGGGACCCCCAGUCCUGGCUGGUGCAUCUUCGUCUACAACCUGGCGCCGGAGGCGGACGAGAGCGUCCUGUGGCAGCUUUUUGGACCUUUCGGCGCCGUCACCAACGUCAAGGUGAUCCGGGACUUCGCCACCAACAAGUGCAAAGGGUUCGGGUUCGUCACCAUGACCAACUACGAGGAGGCGGCCAUGGCCAUCGCUAGCCUCAAUGGCUACCGCCUGGGAGACCGCGUGCUCCAGGUGUCCUUCAAGACCACCAAGCAGCACAAAGCCUGAGGUUUGUCCCCCUCCCCUGUCGGGGACGGGGGUCUCCCGUCACC